AUGUCCCAACGGAGGAAGAUCCUGUGCGGUCUCUUCGGCGUUAUCACCGGUCUGUUCGUUGGCGCCCUGCUGCGCAACUACCGCACGCUCGAAAUCGUCAGCAUGUGCAACUCUAUCAACGGCAUGAAGCAGAAAUCUGCACUAGACAUCAUCGGGCUGCAGGCGUCCGAGCUGCCGACCAACUCGCAGCGCACGCUCGUCUUCGUCGGUGUGAUGACGGCGAAGGACUUCCUGCAGGGGCGGGCCCGCGCCGUGUACGAGACCUGGGGCCGGCAGAUCCCGGGCCGGAUAGCGUUCUUCAGCUCGCAGGACUCGGUCGCGCCCGACCUGCCGCUGGUCGCGCUCAAGGGCGUCGACGAUCGGUACCCGCCGCAGAAGAAGAGCUUCAUGAUGCUCCACUACAUGUACGAGCACUACAUCGACCGGUUCGAGUGGUUCGUUCGGGCGGACGACGACGUCUACGUGCGCCCGGACCGGCUGGAGCGGUUCCUGCGCUCGAUCGACAGCUCGAAACCGCAGUUCAUCGGGCAGGCCGGCCGUGGCAACAGCGAAGACUUCGGUCUGCUGUCGCUCGAGUUUGACGAAAACUUCUGCAUGGGCGGACCGGGCGUCAUCAUGAGCCGGGAGACGCUACGCCGGGUGGCACCCCACAUCCCGACCUGCCUGAAGAAUCUCUACAGCACCCACGAGGAUGUCGAGGUUGGGCGGUGCGUCCAGAAGUUUGCCGGCAUUCCCUGCACCUGGAACUACGAGAUGCAGUCCAUCCUGCACCACAACUCGAGCGGCAACCGAGCGUUCUCGGGCAGCCUGAAGAACAAGGAGGUCCACAGCGCCAUCACGCUACACCCGGUGAAGCAGCCCGCGUUCAUGUACCGGCUGCACGCCUACAUGCUCGGCCUGCGGGCGCAGGAGCUGCGCCAGGAGUCGCUGCUGCUGCACCGGGACAUCGCCAAGAUGACGUCGCUGCUGCAGAUACCGCGGCAGAUCAACAAGAACCUGGCGCCGGGCGUGCCCAUCUUUCCGCGCGACGAAAGCAGCGCCGAUUACCUCGGGGACCACAACGUGCUCGGUGUGGCGCCAGACCUGAACCGUCACCGGCCCCGCACGCUCGACGAGCUGCUCGAGUGGGACUUUAUCGCCAAGAGCCUCUACUCGGCCAACCACCCGAACCCGAAGCGCCGGAUCGAGUCGUCUACGAAGGAGGGCCUGAGUGACGUCAUCCGAGAGAUCAUGGAGCACAUCAACAACUUCUCGCGCCAACGAGGCCGGAUGAUCGAGUUCCGGGAGCUGCUGUACGGGUACACGCGCGUCAACAGCCUGUACGGGCAGGACCUGAUACUGGACCUGCUGCUGGUGUACAAAAAGUACCGCGGCAAGAAGAUGACCGUGCCGGUACGGCGCCACCUCUACAUCCAGCGCUCGUUCACCGAGAUCCAGGUGCGCGAGGUGAUCACGUCAGGAAGUCCGCACCAGGAACCGUCGUCGUCGGGCGGACCAGUCACUCAGAACCAUGCCGUGCCGCUCCAUACGAUCACGCUCGAUCGCAUUUCGCAUCGCAUGAAGUCACUGCUGAGCGGUGGGCUCGGUCGGCUCACCGCGAUGGCUGGCAACACUGCCGACACUGGCCGGGGGUGCGACCACAGCCGGAUCGUGUUCGUGCUGCCGCUGUCCGGGCGGACCGAGACCUUCGGGCGGUUCCUGCGCAACUACGAAGAGGUAGCGCUCCGACCUACGGGAGGCUGGAACCCGUGCACGGACCUACUGGUGGCGCUGUACGUCGAUGCACCCGAGUCACCGGCGCUCCUGACCCUACUGACCGGCCUGCAGUCCCGGCAUCCGGCGGCCCGCAUCAACUUCGUCCCACUGUCCGGGAACUUCUCGCGUGGUCUCGCCCUGGACCGGGCGACCAAGUCGUUGCACUGUGCCGACGAUGACAUCCUGUUCUUCAUCGACGUAGACAUGGUGUUCAGCGCCCAGUCGCUGGUGCGCAUCCGGCAGAACGUGAUCCGGGGCCGCCAGAUCUACCUGCCGAUCGUGUUCAGCGAGUACGCACCGGCACUGGAGUCGGGGGCCCCCGGGGGCGGCCCGACCACCGAGAGCGGUGACCUAAGGCCGCCGGCGGUCCGCAAUUUCUCGGCACCGUACCCGAUCACGGACGAGACCGGAUACUUCCGCCAGUUCGGGUACGGGCUGGUCGGCAUCUACAAGGCGGACCUGGAGCGCCCGGACCUGAAGGGCCUCAGCACCACCAUCCAGGGCUGGGGCCUGGAGGACAUCGUGUUCCUGGAGAACGUGAUCGCGCUCAACCAGCGCGGUAACCUGCGGCUCCGGGCGAUCGCUGACGGGCGCUGGAAUCCACUGUCCAGCAGCGGCACGACACCCGCCCAGCUGCGCCCAGCGGUGGCAGCGGAGGCAACGUCACCGGCGGCGGCAGCGCUCCCGACGCCACCGACGCCGCCGACUCCGCCGGCUCCGCCGACACCUCCGCCAGCCGAGGAACUGAGCGUGUUCCGGGCGCCGGACCCGUCGCUCGUGCACGUCUUCCACCCAAUACAUUGUGAUACCGACCUGGAGGAGGCCCAGUACAAGAUGUGCCUCGGCACCAAGGCCAACACCCUCGGGAGUGCCGAGCGGCUGUACGCGCGGUUCAGCCACAGCCAGCCGCUGCUGGCGUUCGCGCGCUCCCAGAACCGCGCCAGCGGCUAAACGCCGUGCGGUGCGGGGACGUGCUGUGUAAAUAUACGUGCUAAGUCAGCUGUGUGGGUGUUUGGGGGGAAGAGUGGGUACGGUGCGACUGCGAUUUCGGGGGCCUGGGCCACCAAGCAGUCUGGUGGUGUCUAGUGGUCUAGAGUUAGUUGGACAUUAGUG